AUGCCCGCCGCAGUCGAGUCUGCCGCAUCCGCCAUCCUCAAUCACUCGGCGACCUCCUACAACUUCCGCUUCUCGCCCUUCCUCCGGCGAACAUACCAGGUCGGCCUACCCCCCGACCGUCCCAUCUGCAAGGCCUUCCAGUCCGGCCACUGCCCCAACGGCACGCGAUGCUCCGAGCGCCACGUCUCCGAUGCCAAGACGGCGCAGCCCACGGGCGGCCUCAACUCGCUCGUCUGCAAGCACUGGCUGCGCGGCCUGUGCAAGAAGGGCGAGCACUGCGAGUUCCUUCACGAGUAUAAUCUGCGCAAGAUGCCCGAAUGCAACUUCUUCAUGCGCAACGGAUACUGCUCAAACGGCGACGAGUGCCUCUACCUUCACAUCGAUCCUCAGAGUCGGCUGCCGCCCUGUCCUCACUAUGAUAUGGGAUUCUGCCCGCUGGGACCCAACUGCUCAAAGAAACACGUUCGCCGCAAGCUUUGUGGCUUUUACCUUGCCGGUUUCUGCCCAGAUGGUCCGGAUUGUAAGGAGGGCGCACAUCCCAAGUGGUCCAAGAACCUGGAGAAGCCGACCCUCAAGUCAGAGGAGAAGAAGGACGAGGAUGUUCGGAUGGAGCUUCCACGAGAUGAUGAAAUGGACAGGCCGCGCGAGCAGCAGAGAGACAGAGAUCGCGACCGUGACCGGGAUCGGGACAGGGAUGAUGGAGGCAGACACGGCGGUCGACACGGAAGAGGAGGCAAAUGGCGCGGCAGGGGACGAUUCCGUGGAAGAGGGCACUAA